CACAAAUGAUAUGUACGUUUUUUGAAUCGAACUCGGUUUUAACAUCGAAACACAAAGGUUGAGUUUUCGGAUAUUUUUGAGAUUACACUUUGAAUUUACAUCAACAUACCGCUCGGAGUUUCUCAACGUGAUUUCAAAACACCAGUUCCAACCAACUUGCAAUCGAAAUCGACUUUUCACAAUCGAAAACGGAGCCAUCAUGAAAGAAGAUACGAAUCAAGAAACCAUUGAAUUCGAAACCUUAAUCAAUCAAUCCACUUUAAUCAAACAAGGAGCAGAAGCAAGAGUUUAUAAAACGAAUUUAAUCACAACCGAAGGACCAGUGAUACUAAAACAUAGAUUCCCAAAAAAAUAUCGACAUUCAACUUUAGAUUUGAAUUUAAAUAAACAAAGAUUAACCUAUGAAUCUAGAUCAUUGAUUAGAGCCUUAAAGUUUGGGAUUAAUGUACCUUUACUUAGAUCAGUGAAUGUGGUAAAUAAUUAUCUUUUAAUUGAAUUUAUUAAGGGACCUACUGUUAAGGAAUUUCUUUUGGAUCCUAAUUCAUUUGGUUAUGAUAUAAAUCAGAUUUUAAGUCAGAUUGGUUAUGAAUUAUUUAAAUUACAUAAAGCUGAUUUGAUUCAUGGAGAUUUAACAACAUCAAAUAUGAUGAUAAACCUACAAAAUGGGAUUCCAAAGAUAUUCCUUAUAGACUUUGGACUUUCAUAUGUUUCGAAUUUAUUAGAAGACAAAUCAGUAGAUCUUUAUGUUUUAGAAAGAUCUUUUUUAUCAACUCAUUCUAAACUAAGCUUACCAUUCUCUGAGUCUUGCUCUGAAACAAAUCCUUUGAAAUCCGAUUCUUCUCAAACCGUUUCGGAUGGCUUUCAAAUCAUUUUAGAAACUUAUAAAUCUCAUUUAUCUAAUCAGGAAUCUAAAUUGUUUUUUAAUCGAUUUGAAGUUGUUAGAGCUAGAGGUAGAAAAAGAUGUAUGACAGGUUAACUUAUAUCAUUUUUUUUUUGGUUUGAUUUGUUUGUGUUUCUAACCGAAUUUGGAGUUUGAAAACCUCAUGAUUUAUAUAUAUACCUGUAAAUGUGUAUAAACUGUUCAACAUUGUCUUUGUCUUUCUUUUACUUGUAAUUAAUCUUGGUUUGAUCUCACAAU